UGUGUGUGCGCGCGCGUGAACUUUAUAACAACAUUGUGAAUAUGUGUGAAUCAUCGUUGCAACGCCACGACAAAUACAUCAAAUAAUCAUUGGGAAAGUUUUUAUUGUAGUAUUUCGCACGUUAUGCGAGAUCUGCUUCCUGGGAGCCAGGGAGAGCAUUAAAAGCACAGGAAAUAAAAACAGCAGAAAAUCCAAUUUUCUGAAAGAUAUAAUAAAUAGUCUAAUGUCUGUUUUAGGCUGAAACUUUACAGAUACAUUCUGGAGAAACAAAAAACUUGUCUUAAAUCUGGAAACAGGGGUAAAAUAACUUGCUUUUAAAUUAACCUUUCAAUUUGCUAUUCAUUUGAAUUAGUUUUGAAAUGUUAUGGUUGCCAGUAAGCACAUUUAGUUUUUGUUUUUAUUAUUUUUUAAUUUGCAUAUUAUACUUUUACAUUUUAUUUUUUGUUCAUCAAAACAUCUACAGGAUGCAGUAAAGUGUUGUUUGUUAUUUCUGCCCCUGGUUCACACUUGAGACUGAUGUGUGAUCUCGGGACACAUAAAGGUGUGGUCGAUGAGGAUUCUCCGCCCCCUGUCGAUUGUCACACACACAAUUUUUAUUCAGUUAUUCAUGUCAGGCAUUAGGGGUGAUUAAUGAAAACAGCAGCUUUAACUUGUGAAUUUGGCAAAAGUGACAGUGGAAGCCGCCUCAAUAACAAACAAAGAGUUUAGGAAUACCCUAUUCUUUGAAGUAAAGAGCCCUAUGCUGUGUAGUGCACUAUGUAGUGAUGCUGCCUUCUGCUGGAGCCGCACUGCUCCACCGGCCCGUGCAGAGAUGGCGAGGAAACCCCGUGGACACGGCACUGCUUUUUCAUGACGGUGAGUUUCCCCUUUGAGUGUAUUAUAAUUUUGUGAUAAAAUUUUCAAGGAAAAAACACACACAACCUCCUUCCUCCCCUUCCUUCGGGGAGGGAAGAGCAAGCGUGGAGAGAGAAAAAUCUAUCUGAGACUGAGCAGCAAGGACAGUGAGGGAAAAAUAUAUGAGUGGGAGAGGGAGAAAGAAGAAGAAGGAGGAGGAGGAGGAGGAGGGGGAGCAAAUUAAAAGUUGCCAAAUGGAGAUAUUGGGUUUCAAGAGGAGUGAGACAGGAGUGUCAUGGAUGAUGAAGACGACCGCCGUCUUCUGGAUUUUAUAGGAGAUGUGCAAGCAUUAAAUGAAUAUCUUCAUGGUUCAAAUAGUAAAUCAAUUGGAGAAGAUGAUGUGACAAAUGCAACUUUUGGUUCGGCCAGCUCAUUCUUCACCAGUGACACUGGUGGCUCCAGUGAAGGACUCAAAGAUGGCCACAAUCAUUUGGGAGAGUUUGGGGAGGCUGGUGAUGCUGAGCUUCAGCUCUCAAGCAGUCUUCCGUUCAUCGAGGAUGAUCUGGACAGUGAAACUUCAGCAGAUGGAGUCGAUCUCGGUGGCGAGGACCAACCCUUCGACAUCCUCCAGAAGUCAUUGCUGGAAGCAGAUAUCACAGAGCAGACAUUGGCUCAAGAAGCCCUUCUGGACUCACAGCCAUCUCUCAUUCCCACAGCUACCGCCUUCCCUCAGCAGCUGGUCUCUGGAGGGUUUGCAGGGGUUGCGGGUCCUGGUGUGGUGGCACCAUUGGCACAACCUCAGGCUUUUAUCCAACAGGUUCCUCAACUACCCUUGCCAAAUGGCCCUGCUGGACACAUCCAGGUAGUGGGAUCCUUCAAUGGCAGUGCCUCCUCUAUGAUGACUAUCAACAGUUUGGAACAGCCUCAGAUCUUGUUGAGGCAGAGUGGAAACAACAGCGGGCAGGGUACUAUGUUUGCUCCUUCCACACCUAAUCAGGUGUCAAUGUCCUUCAAUAAAGGGACGAUACCAGUUCAGAAUAUUAUCAUCCAGAGAGGCCCUACGCAACAGACAUUGGUCAGACCCAUUCAGCCAAAACCCUUACAGACAGGGGGACAAACUGUAUACAAUAUCAGCAACAUAGGGAUUCAACCUAGCACUACCACUGCUGGGAAUUUAGUCAGUAGUGCGUAUACAGCUACUGGCUCUCCUCAGCCUGCUCAGCAGGUGAAAGUGGUCAAUCCAGCCAGCAGCAUUGUGAUGCAUUCUCCUUUAGGGCAACAAGCGCAAACACAGUCCCAGUCUAAUCUGCCUCAGGGGCAGUUUUUACUCCCCAGUUCAAUUUCCCUCACCCCUGGUACGACAGUCCAUGGCUUCCAGGCUGUGAAUGGCCAGGUCUUACAAGGAAACACUCAAGUGGGCGACCCGUCGUCAAUGAGCACUACUACAUACUCCAUCCUCACCAAUCAGAACACAACAGUACAGCUUAUUGCUGGGCAGAACUUCUCAGCUGGAGGCCAGUUGAUAGUCAAUCAAGGUUUGGUCAGUGGCGGUCAAAUAGGCCAAGCUUCACCGACUCCUGUUGUGCAGGUGUCUCAAAGGCCUGCUGCUGCUGCCAAAGUUUGGACUUCCAGCGCUUCGCCUAGCCCAACGCCUGUACAGGCAACACAGACUUCAAGCCACCUCACUAUGAUCAGUUCAGGUGUGCAAGGACCACAGGUUUGUCAACAGUUAUCUGUGAACCCAGGACAACAUCUUCUUAUGCCCGUAGGGCAGAAUGCUUCAGCUACUUCUGGGUUUCAGGAGUUUCAAGUCUCUUUAAACCAGGACACCACGGCAGCAACACAAAGAGGGCAGACACAAUUAGUAAAUCUCCUUGGUACCAAAGUUCUGAAACCGCUCACUCCUGCCAGUCAGGAAUUGCCUCUCACACCGAAGCGACCUGCAACUCAGCAACUUACGAGAGGAGAAUUGGUCCUCCAGCAGUUAAGACAGGAUCACAGUAGGGUUUUGUCUUCAGAUAGGACACCCUUCUCUUCAUUAAAUGAUGUCAUUGACAGAUUACUGCCCUAUCAUGUUUUCCAAGGCUCACCACCACAAGAUGAAGACUUCGCCAAAGUGGAUGAGGAGUUUGAGGCAGUUGCGACACAAGUGUUAAGCAGAACUCAGGCCAUGGUGAACAAAUACAGGCGCCUACUCAUGGUGGAGGCAGAGAGGUCCAGCCCUUCAUCAGAAAUGGUGAUGAUUGACAGGACUUUUAACCAAGAGGAAAGGGGCAACUUGACUCAAGACAAAAGGAUGGUGCUAGUGGAUCCAGAUAGCUUCCUGGAAGAAUUCUGCUGCGGCCCUAAACGGAAGAUCCCAAGUCCUGAAGUCUUGACCCCAGCCUCGCAUGAGGACAAGCCAAGCAAAAUGGAAACCUCCCCAAGUCAUUCCAUAAGUCACACUGGAAGAGAUGGGCAGAGUAUGAACAGCCACACAGAAACCACUUAUAGGACAGAAUCUCAACAGCAAGAAAUGGAAGAACACAGAAGAACUCCAAUAAAAUGCAUCCUGGACCUUAAAAAAAAGACCUCCAACAGCGUAUUCGGCAGCAAAAGUCAACACGCCCAGUACCCUACAUCUCCCAACCAAUCACAGCAAAGCUCUGCUCAAGGCUACCCUUCAAACCCGGGUCACGAACAGAAGCUUUCCUCAGAUCCCGGUCACGUCUCAUUGGCUGAUUCAGACUCAGUGCUGGAGGCGGCCGUCAACAGCAUCUUAGAAUGUUAGACUGUGCCAUAUUUAUGUUGGUUCCAUGUUCUCAUUUCAUGCCACGUGUGUGAGCUGAUCAGACGUAUGUUGGCAUUAUCGCGGUUUAAAAUGCACACUAUGGCUGCGUCGAGGGUAAAACCGAUAGUGAUACUCUAAUACUGUGCCUGUUGAACUAGAGAAGUUUACAUGAGAAAGCCUUUUUGACAGUGCUUCACAGGAUACACUUGCAAUCACACAGUGAUAUAUGCACACACAUACACACAAUCAAGCAGUUAGUGUGAGUUUCUUGGAAUGUCGAAAGUAGACAUUCGAUAGUUGUAGCUUAUCAGACAAUAUCAAGACACUUUGUUCAUCAUUAGUCAAUCCGCACUUAAGGUUGUAACACUUAUGUUGUAUCAUUGCAGUAGACCAAGUGAGGCACACAAACACACCUGCGCGUUUAAUUGUUUGAGCAUAGAUUAUGCUCGUUUUAUUUGGUUUACUUUUGAUUUGCAAUUAGUUUUGUACCUUACAGGUAUGUUACCUCUCCACAGAGACAAGACGCACUUGUGUGGGUUUUGUGCAAGGGGAAAGUUAAGUCCUCAGAUUGAGGGUACAAUGUUACAUUGUUUGUCUUUUUUUCUUUGAUUUAAUUCAUUUAUAUAAAUGAUGCAUUAUAAUUUUUUGCUGGAGAAAUUACGUGCUGUUGUGCACCUUAAGUUAGUGUCACAUGAGUGAGAGUCACAUUUCAACUAAGAAUCGAGAGAAAGGAAAAGAAGAGAGAAAGACACCUAGUUUUAGGAUCCCAGCAAACAAUUGUGUUUAAAAGGCAUCUAAUAGACAUCUAUUAGCCUUGUUUUAGCCUAAACGACUAUGUUUAGACGCCUAUUACACAUCUAUUAGCCUUGUUUUAAGCAAAACUACUAUGUUUAGACAUCUAUUAGCCUUGUUUUAGCCAAAACGACUAUUUUUAGAUGUCUAUUAUUAGACAUCUAUUAGCCUUGUUUUAGCCCAGAUGAC